AUGCAACUCAAGACCCUGACCGUUCUCUUCCUCUCUACGCUGGCCAUCGCGGCCCCAGCGCCGAACGCAACCUCUGACGAGGCCACUAUUAUUAGUGAAAGCAACCAGCAUGAAGUCACGACUGGCACCAAGGCUGACCACUCUAUCACCUCGGCCUCGGGUGAGAUCACCUCCGUGCCGGCCCGCAUCCAGAAGGAAUUCGUCGAGGCUCUGCCCUCCUCCGUUCAAGAGGAGCUGAAGACCAACACUGAGGCGCUGGACUCAGUCAUAGCCGUGUACGCGACCUCCAAAGAGUUCGUGAAGACCCUCGACCCCAACCUCAAGGCCUACAUCACGGCGAUUGAAGAGAGCGCAAAAUCGGCGGAGGCCACGGCGACCGCCUCCGGGUCGAGCACGUCGUCCAAGAGUGGUGGUGACGCCAGUUCGACUGCCAGUUCGUCAAUCCCAAGUGCAAGCGGCUCGUCGACAGGGACGUCAACGUCGACUGGUGGUGCACCUGCUGCGACAGGAGGUAUGGCGAUGGGUAUGGCCGGUGCGAUGGGUCUUUUGGGAAUGGCACUGGCCUUGUAA